AUGUUAUUUCUCCGCCAGGAGAUGCUUUUGGGGGCUUUCGCCCACCUAGCUUGCAUAAUAAGCCUUGUUUCUGCCACUAGAUGGGAAGCUCAGGAAAGCUACAUCUUGAACACCAUAAACAAUGAGGACUUCAACAUGGAUAACUUUUUAAAAUCGCCAACUAGCUACGGAAACCUUCCACCAAUCAUCAGUAUGCCCAAGAAAAGCCAGCGAACAUUGGAGUUGGGCGAAAUUCCAGACUACAUUUUAGAUUAUGCUCCUUUAGUUCACUUGUACAGUGAGGAAAGAUACCUUCCAUACGACAUCAAAAAGUUUGUGAGGCAUCUUCACGCUGAGUACGAUAACGGAACGAUAAUCGAGGGCACGGAGCACGGGUGCUCGAUCGAUACGUUGGAGGAACUUCCUAGACUCCCCGAUUUGUAUCUUAGUUCAAAUACGGACUUCAACACCGACCCGGAGUGGAUUACCGGGUCGCACAACAAACCGUCGCUCAUCGAUGGCGAGAUAAAGGACGCUCCAGCCACGUUGAUCGUAGUUGACAAAGGUAAUGGCUGGGUGGAUGCGUUUUGGUUUUACUUCUAUUCGUUUAACUUGGGGCCCUUCGUGAUGGGCUCCGGUCCCUACGGUAACCACGUUGGUGAUUGGGAACACUCGCUCGUCAGGUAUUACAAAGGCAAACCCAUUAUUGUGUGGAUGUCGGCUCAUGGAGGGGGUGGUGCGUUCUUCUACGAACAUCUAGAGAAAUGGGAACUCGAUCCCAAUCAUCCCGUCAUUUUUUCUGCUCGAGGCACACAUGCCAACUAUCCCUCGGUAGGCCAGCAUCCUCACGAUUUGCCGUACGCCAUACUUUCGGAUUUCACCGAUAGAGGGCCCCUUUGGAAUCCAACCAAAAACUACUUGGCAUACUCCUACGACGGAGAGUUCGUGUAUCCCGCAAAAAACAACUCCAACAAAGCCCAUGUCGGACGUGAAGAACGCUACGGCAAUUGGCUUUCAUUCACAGGACAUUGGGGAGACAAACAAUUACCCUCCGAUGACCCACGCCAGCAGUACUCGCUUAUUGGGGGUCAUAAGCAUAUAGACGGGCCCCAUGGGCCAUUGAUGAAGAACCUUGUGAGACUCAGUCCUUGCGAAAGACACAAGUGGUGGAAUUUCUGGAGUGGGUGCAAUAUUAGGAGAAAUAUUAAAUGGGGAAUAGGUGUUGAGAGUGAAGGGUACAAUUGCGGCAACAUUUUUUUGAUGAUUCGACCAGUGUGGUUGAGAAAAUUACUACAGAAGGUCACCUGGGGUGGAGUCUUUUGUUUUGUCGUAGACUUGAUUUACGGUUGA